AUGUCGGAAGACGGACGCCUCGAGGACGUGUUGCGGCAACGGGAUCACUGGCUGGCCAUGGUUGGACAGUUGCGAGCGGCCAACGUGGUCCUCCAGAACCGCAACGACGAGCUUGAGAGGGAUAAGCUCGACCUGAUCCGACGGAUUUACGAGCUGGAGAAGCAGUUGAGAGAAUUGGGAGGGCAAGCAGAGCAGACGAGACGAGAUACCUCCGUUGAGAAUGAACCUACGCAGGAGGCGGUAGCACCCGCUUCAUCCGGGAUACAGCGACAUCACGCCGUGACUGACGUUCACGACGUUAAACCGGUUGUAUCUCCCGAGCCGCCGUUCGAGGAGAGAAGCACCACGGCGUUCGACAGCGACGAGACGACGGAUACGAAGCCGUUACUGAAUGACUUGGAUGCGGACGCCUCAGAGCCUCCUGAGCUCGACAUACCCGAUCAGGAUUGGGCAUCCCCGCCAGAAUAUGAGUUACUUCCGAAUGACGAAGAUGACAAGACGCUCGUCCUAAAGGAAGAAGGCGUCGGUGCCGACGCUUUCGUUAAGGGAGAAGACGAUGACGUGUCGUCGUCGGUGCAUGCAGAGCGGGAUGGUCAUGAAGUAUUGGUUCUGAGUGACGACGAUCUCGAGGAGGAUGUGUCGUUCGUGGAUCAAGGCGCCGAUAAUGUCGCACGAAUCCAGCGCGCUGUGACCGAUCCGGUGGACGUCAUUGAUCUUAGCGCUGAAGAUGAGCAUGAAUCUUUUGCGGCAGAGGCGGAUCCUGCAACGCAGGAAACCGAUUCCAGAAGGCGGUCAAAGAGGCAGGCAGAAGCCUCUAUUGGCAGGCAGAGCUCGGGUAUAAUGUCACGCCGACAGCCCAAACGAAAGAGGCGUGAAUCGACGGAAAGCACAGUCUCUGCAUCUGAUGACUCCGCCUUUUGGCCUCCCGAGCCUGCAUAUACGGUGGAUGUCGGUGCCGUCGAGAGAUAUCGUUUUCAACGACGCGCGUUCCAUCUCACUUAUAAAGGUCAAUAUGUCCCAAUGAUCGUCCCGUUGUUGGAUGGACAGGUGGUGUUGAUGAUUAAGCCGACAUGGAACCCACUCCUUCCUAAUCGCCCUGGUGCGCACGGGGAGAUUUGGGCCAACAAAACCGACAUUUUGGAACACAGUAAAUGGAAAUUGAUCGUCCAGUGUCCGAGUUCAACUCCGCAAACCUGGGAAUAUCUCGGUGAUUACAAGGUAUCACCAGGUGGUAGUGUGAAGCCCCAGGUAUUCAUGAGCCAGUCGGAGGCUGUCCGAAACGAAUGGGGCAACAAUGUCGUCAAGGCAACUGCCCCAGGCAACUGCUACACGCCCAUGCGCAAGCGUAUAGCUGCGAGGAAGAAAGAGCGGAAGCAAUCAGAGAAAGUCGAGUGUGCCGACGUGAUCCAGGCUAUAGAAUCUGGAGAAGAGGAGAUUCGGGUGAUUGCAACGCAGUUUAUCGGGUAUGAUUCGGCCUUCGUCGAAAAGAUCAAGGCUACAGCCGCCAAUAUGCCCAAGCGUACGAAGAAUCAGAUGCGAAACGCGAAGCGACUCCGCGCCGAUACAGAAUAUAACGUGAAGCGUCGCAAGGCAGCUAAAGAGUGUCGGGAGCGCGAACAGACCGAUAUCUCGGAGGAUGCUGCACGAUCUCCAAGACAGCAGCGAGAUCGUAUUCGCACCAUCCUCGGCGAGCUACGAGCGACCAAUUCCGCUGCUCAGAAUCGGAUCGACGAGCUCGACUCGAGAAACAGUGAUCUAGAAACCCAAAAUGCGGAGCUUUCGAAGCGCGCGAAGAAAUGGGAGGACAAGUACAAAGACUUGCUCAAGCGGAUCGAGAGCGAUGAGCACAAAUCGCGAGCCGGCCAUAGGAAGGAUCGGAGCAGGUCCCAGCGAAAAGGCGAUCAGAACACAGACGGCUUUAUCGAUCUCACGAGCGACACGAGCGAUGCCGAGGUAGUGUUGGUCAAGACCGAGGACAAAGAUCUUGCGGCGCCAGGUAAGAACGACGGACCAAGCAAAAAACGAGCAGCUGAAGAUCGUGGUUCAGACGAUGAAAAAGGGAAAAGAAAACAUGCCACGAAGAGAGUGAAGCCUAGUGCACGAGACGAAGCUGUGGCCAAGGCGUCAUCGUCGGACGAUCAACCAUUCAUGCCUCCGACUCCGGUGUUUACGAUGGAUGUCAAAAAUAUCCCCAGUUUCAAGUUCCGGAGAAAUGAUUUUCACGAUACCUACAAAGGAAGCCGGCUGUCCAUGACGAACCGGCUGCUGGACGGGCAGAUGGUAUUGUUGGUGAACACAGGUUUCAACCCAACGCUGCCUGCACGUCCCGGCGGUCGCGGAACUCUCUGGUGCAACAGAGCAAAGAUCUUGGAACACAAGACAUGGAAGCUAAUCGUGAAGUGCAAGAAGAGUAAUCCGCAACUGUGGGAGUACCGCGGAGACUACCAAGUUUCACGGGGCAGUGACGUUCCUGCGGAAGAAUUCAUGAAGCAGUCGUCUGAUGUACGAGAAUUAUGGGCGAAGAGUAUCGCUGGCCCACCUAUGCCCGAGAAGGUCCUGGUUGAGAUGCGCAGCCGGAUAGACAAAAGGAAGAAACAGCGGAAAGGGCCUAAUGCCGGUGACGUGACGAGCCGUGACGUACUUCGAGCCUUCGAGACUGGAGAAGAGGCGCUCCAAUGUAUAAAUAUGAAGUUCGUUGGGUACGACGAACCAUUCGUAGAGAGGAUCAAAGCGACUGCCAGAGCCGGCACAAGAACCAUAGACACCACCGCAAAAAGUGCACGGGGAAAUGAGGCUGGUUCUUCGUCGAAGGCGACGAGUAAGAAGGCUGCUGCAGGUCUUGCACAUAAAUCGGCGCCCAGAGAUGAUGACGAUGAAGCAGCCAGUGUAGGAUCUAAUGAAUCUGUUGAUGGUCAUUUUGGUAACAACGACGAUGUGGAAGGUAACAACGGUGAAGAGCUCGACGGCGAAGAUGGAUAUGGCGGAUACGAGGAGUACGACAAUUAA